AUGGAUCGAAUACUUCGCGGUGUCAUCAAAUACAAUAAAACUGUCAAAAAGGAUUUGGUUGAACAAUUUAAACGAAUAAGAGAUAAUCCAAAUCCAAUUGCUGUCAUGUUCACUUGUAUGGACUCUCGCAUGUUGCCCACUCGUUUCACACAAUCGGCUGUCGGAGAUAUGUUUGUGGUGAGAAAUGCUGGCAAUCUUGUACCCGAUGCGCUUAACUAUGGUGAAUCCUCGGAAGUGAGUGUUACAACAGAACCGGCAGCACUUGAAUUAGCGGUGAAACGAGGAGGGAUAAAACAUGUGAUCGUUUGUGGUCAUGCUGAUUGUAAGGCGAUGAAUCUUUUACAUGAUCUUCAUUUAUGUCCAAAAGAAUUCGACGCCUGUUCGCCGAUGGACAAUUGGGUACGCAACAAUGGUUAUAAGUCUAUACAGAGACUAAACGAACGAUUGCAUAGUGGCUCAAAAUCAAUUCCAUUUCAUUCACUUGUCUCCCCAUCACAAUCAUUUGAAGCACUCAUUGAUCCAUUUGAUAAACUCCAUAUUCAUGACAAAUUGUCACAGAUAAACGUACUUCAGCAAAUGAUUAACAUCACUUCUCACGAGUUUUUGAAAGAAUAUUUAGAGAGUGGAAAACUUUUCAUUCAUGGAAUGUGGUUCGAUAUCUAUAAAGGAGACGAUUAUCUCUUUAGCAAGGAUAAGAAACAAUUUGUCAAUAUUGAGGAGUCAACGAUCACCGAGCUGAUGUCCGAGUUGGAACGACGAUGCGGGAAAUCGAUUAUGGAUAGCUUCGUGAAAGUGGAGGAAAAU